UUUUUUCUUACCAUAAUUUUUUUUUAACUUUAAUUUAUAAAAAACCCCUUCCUUUUAAAGUUUAAUUUAAAAAAAUUCAAUGUCUGUUAUUCGAAUAGACUUAGCUCAUGCAGCAAUUGCUAGAUCACUUGCAUUAAUAGAUUAUAAUGUUCACAAUGAUAAUCACAAACAGCAUGAAUUUCAAAAACAAACAGUUCUUGCUGAGAAUUCUCUUACUGAAGAUGAAAAAACUUAUGCAAUAAAUUGGAUGACUAGAGAUUAUGAUUAUUAUAAAAUUCUUGAUAAUUCAGGAACAAAAAGAAUUUGUGAAAAUUGUAAACAAGAAUGUUUAGCUACGUUAUACUGUGAAUUUUGUGUUCGAAAUUAUUUAAAAGCAAAAUUUUCAAAUUGGACAUCUGGAAAUGUUAAUAUUGAUAACUUAAUCCAGAAAUGUCAAUUGGAAACACUUAUACCAAGUAAGAUAGUUGAAUGGAUUCCAUAUAAUAAUUUACAAGAUAUUAAGUAUCUAACAAAAGGUGGUUUUUCUGAAAUUUAUACAGCAGAUUGGAUUGAUGGAAGAUGUGAAGAAUGGGAUUCUGAAAAACAACAAUUAAAAAGAUUUGGAAAACAUGAAGUGAUACUUAAAAGAUUAGAAAAUGUUGAAAGUGCAAAUCAAAGUUGGUUUGAAGAGGCUAAAUCACAUUUAACCAUAGGUAAUAGGAGUAAUGAAAUUGUCCAAUGUUAUGGUAUAACACAAAACAUAUCAAAUGGAAAUUACAUGCUUGUAAUGGAAAUAAUGGAUGUAAAUUUAAGAGAAUAUUUAGAUCAGAAUCAUAAUAAACUUACAUGGAAAGAAAAAAUAAAUAUUACUUUUGAAAUAAUUUUGGCCCUACAUUUUAUUCAUAAGGAAAAUGCAGUUCAUAGAGAUUUACAUUCGGGAAAUAUAUUGUAUUCACAAAUUAAUAGCGGAUGUUAUAUUAGCGAUCUUGGAUUUUGUGGACCUGCUGAUAAAUCAUCAAAAUGUAUAUAUGGAAAUCUUCCUUACAUAGCACCAGAAGUUAUUAAUGGAAAAGAAUAUACUUUUAAAUCUGAUAUUUAUAGUAUUGCAAUACUUAUGUGGGAAAUUUCAUCUGGACAACCACCAUUUAUUAAUCAUGAACAUGAUUAUGAUCUUGUAAUGAAUAUUAUUAAUGGUAUUAGACCUAAAAUUGUGUUAGGAACUCCCACAGAAUAUAAAAAUUUUAUGGAACAAUGUUGGGAUGCUGAUCCAUCAAAAAGACCUGAUACUGAUACACUUUGUAAUGAAAUACAAAAAAUGAAUUUAUAUUAUCAAAGUAUGACAGAUGAAUCAUUUCAAUCAGAAAUAAAUAGGAAUUUAGAACAAGAUAAAACAAAUAAUAGUACAAAUAGCAGAUUAUUUGCAAGUAAAAUUCAUCAAUUUGAAAAUCUGCCUGAACCAAGAAAUGCAACAGAAGAGGAGCUAGAAGCAUUUCAUAGUAAAUCAUAUGAUUUUAGUAUUCCCGCUAAUAUUAAUGAUUUUAAUAAACCAAGAAAUCAGAGUAAUAAUAAUACAUCAAAAUUACACAGUAUAUUUAAUGCAAAUAGUAAAAAUUUAUCCAAAACAUUUGAAAAGUUACCAAUAAAAGACGAAAUAGUACAACAAACAAAAGGACCAUAUGUUAUUAGUAAGUAAAACUGCUAAAUACUGUAUAUACAUUUUAAUGAUCAUUUUUAUAUUAUUCAAUUAUUCUUAUUUUUGUUACUAAAAAGUGGUUUAUUCGAAAUAAUAAAUUAAAAUAAAAUCUAUUUUACACUUUUAAUUUAGGUGAUAGU